CUUUUGUUUCAUCUUGUAAGAUAAGUUUGCAACUCUUUGACGUUUAAAUUCUGUAUCUUAGAUAAUGAGUUACAUAAGCUCAGUUUAGAACUCACAUACAUCUUACUGCGCUGCACAUUCCUUAUAGAACAUGGGCCUGUUACUUGAUGUUCCAUUUUUCUGCGAGGUGAUUUUGGGUCUCCUACUUUUAUUUAUAACAUUUUACCUAUCCGUCGUUAAAAACUACACGUACUGGGAAACUAAAGGAGUUCCUUUUAUUGAGCCCUCGUUUCCAUUUGGCAACACUAAGGAUCUAUUAAUGGGUAGAAAGCAACUGGGAGAAAUCUACAAUGACUUUUACAACAAAUUUAAGGGUGAAAGAUACUUCGGGGUUUAUGAAAUCCGUAGACCAAUCUUCGUCGUCAGAGAUCCACAGCUAAUUAAACACAUUUUGACUAAAGACUUUAAUCAUUUCCAAAACCGAUUCACUAUAUCAAAAUCUGUUAACCCCAAGGUAGACUAUCUCGCCAAACAUCUGUUCAACUUGGAAGGUCAAGAGUGGAAACACAUGAGGGUUAAACUGUCCCCGACAUUCACAUCAGGAAAAAUAAAAACUAUGUUUCUAUUGAUCGAACAAUGUGUGGAACAACUGAUCAACCACGUGAAUGAACAAACUGAUAAAAAUUCUGUGAUUGAUGUCAAAGAUGUUCUUGCUAGGUUCACCUUGGACACUAUUGCUACUUGUGCUUUUGGUUUGGAGAGCAACUCCUUGGAAGACAGAGACUCUGAGUUUUACCACUAUGGUGUGAAAAUCUUCCAUUUAUCUUUUGCCAGACAAAUCAGGCGAAUUUUAUUUGCAGUGUUUCCAACUAUUAUGAAACUAUCUUCUAUUCGUCUGGUUUCAAAAGACCUAACAGAAUUUUUCACUAGGGUUGUGAGGGAUACUCUUGAAUACAGGGAGAAAAAUAAUGUCACCAGAAACGACUUUCUUAACCUUUUGAUUCAAGUAGGUCAAAAUAAAAAUUCUGAAAAAGAAGAGGUCAAUGGAAACAGUGAAAACAAGGCUAAGGGAAACACAGCUUUUACAGUGGAAGAAAUCGCAGCUCAGUCAUUUGUCUUUUUUGCCGCUGGGUUUGAAACCGCGUCUUCAACAAUGUCAUUCUGUCUCUACGAGCUUGCUCAGAACCCUGAUAUUCAAGACCGACUCUAUGAGGAAAUCAAAGAGACUUUGUCGAAUUACGAUGGCAAACCUACCUAUCAGGCGCUACAAGAGAUGCCAUAUAUGGAUAAAGUCAUUAAUGAAACACUGAGGCGAUACGCCUCCCUUGCCGUUCUCAACCGAGUUUGCACAGAGAAAUACAAGGUGCCAGACUCUGAAUUGGUGAUAGAGGAAGGUACGAAUGUGGUGAUACCAACCUUUGCAAUCCACCAUGACCCUCAGUUCUACCCAGACCCAUUCAAGUUUGACCCUGAGAGGUUCAGCCCUGAGAGAGUGAGAGAGAGACAUCCCUAUGUUCACCUACCCUUCGGCGAAGGCCCUCGGGUCUGCAUUGGCAUGAGAUUCGGCCUCUUACAAACAAAGAUUGGACUUGCUUACAUGCUUAUGAAUUUUGAGUUUGGACUAACAGCUCAAACCCAGAUUCCUGUGCCUCUCAGCAAAACGUCAUUUGUCACUCAGCCCGAAAAACCUAUACUGUUACAGCUGACUAGAAGAAAAUCUACUGUGCUAUGAAGAUAACUCGAUGUUUGUGUGAAGAGACUUGGAUUAGUACAGUAUUAUGGAAAUGAUUUACACCAGUAGGUCAGCGUAUGUUUAUUAACUGGCUAGUAGGAGUUUAGUUUAUUCGUCUCUCUACGUUUUAGAUAAAACUUAUGUUAACCAACCUUUGUAAUGAUCAUGUGCAGUAAGCAGUGUUGCAGAAACAAGUUUAUAGACCUUACUAUCUAUGUUUGUUUUGUUUUAGGGGGACUUCUCAUUAUUUUCGUUGCUUAAGAAUUACUGUUAUACAAUACAGUCUCAGGUAUUAGCUUAUCAUCUGCAUGUUUUGUAUUGCUUUUAUACUACUAAAUAAAGUUUAUAAAUUUACCUUAUAUAUUGUGAGAAACAAAGAAAGAUAUUUAUAGUACAAAAAAUCUGCUCAUAACAUAAAAGACUGAAUAUAUGGAUAUUGUUUCUCAUAACAAUAAUAGAAUCAGAAUGUGUCUAUAUAGAACCAAUCGGUUCUAGAACCUUUUGGUUUGAAUUGCAUGAUCCUAAUUAGUGGUUAAAUAAAUCUCAUAUUCACUGAAAAGUGUUUAUUUCCUUUCUACAUAGACAGAACUUGUUUACACUUUGUACAAGCUCAGCAAAUCUUGCAU